AUGGUAGUGCUCAAUGGUUUCAAGUCCAGAUGGAGAGCAGUGACAAGUGGUGUUCCUCAGAGGUCAGUACUGGGACCAGUGCUGUUCAAUGUUUUUAUCAGUGAUACAGACAGUGGGAUGGAGUGCACCAUCAGCAAGUUUGCAGAUGACACCAAGCUGAGUGGAGCUGUUGAUAUGCCAGAGAGAUGGGAUGUCACCCAGAGGGACCUGGACAAGCUGGAGAGGUGGGCCCAAGCGAACCUCAUGAGGUUCAACAAGAGCAAGUGCAGGUUCCUACACCUGGGCCAGAACAAUCCUCACAUGACAUCAAUACAGACUGGGGUGACGAUCACCUCAUCAAUGAAGAUGAGGUGGCUGAAAGCUGCCCUGUGGACAAGACUUGGGGUUGCUGAUGGACAAGAAGCUGGACGUCAACAUGACUUUGAUUUAGCUGAUGCACUUGAUCAUCCAGAUGACAUCAUUACCAGGAAGCCUACAGUCAUCAGAAAACCAACAAGACCUGGUUUGAACAAUGAUCUGCAUUUAGGAGAUGCUCUUGGUGGGGGUGACACUCCAAGGAAGCCUUUAUACCCCCCUCUUCCACCACGACCAGGAAGCUAUGGUAAUUCUGGAGGUUUUGUUGACUCAGAUCUCCUUGAUGGGAAGGAUUUACCACCUCACAUAGCAGGGCAAGAGGAGCAUAAUUUCAAUCAGGGAGGAAAUGCAGAUUCAGGAUUAGUAGCUGGAGUUACAUCUCCUAUAAUUUCUGCUUUUGUAAUAUUAGUUGUAGGAUCAAUAGCAGCCUACUCUGCUUACAAGAACAAGAAGCUUUGUUUCAAACCACAAGGUCGAGCUACAGUGUAAACCACUGAAAGGAGAGCUGCGCUCUGAUCACAGGCUCCUUUGGUUGGUGCCAUUUGACAAACAGAUCUAACAGUUUGUUGGUUUUUUGUAUUUCACAAGUCUGACAAGUCUUGCUCUAGUGAACAUUUUGUUGAGACAGUGCAGUCGUGCUCCCUGUUACCUGACAUCACUCUUGUACCUCGAGCUUUACGCCAAAGAUGUGCUUAAAGCAUCGGUGGAUUGCACUGAAAUAUUCAACUGGCAUGCAUAAAGGUUUGAUAUUAGUUUAAAAAGCAAAGAAACCAAGAUUAAAUAUGAGCUAAAACCAGAAAGAUUUUGGUUUGAGAGAACAAUUUUCCUGUUGUCAAAAUUAGCUAGAACACUUAAUCCUUCUGAUAGAAUAGGAAUGACUGCCGUUUCCAUUUGCACAUGUUGGGUUUCUUUACUGUAUUUCUGCAUUGCCUAUGUUUAAGGGAGACUCAAGGCUGUAUAAAAGAUUAAAAAUAUUACUGCUUUUACUUUGUGUUUAUGUCUGAAUUCUAGGAAAGUGAAGGGUGCUAUAGAUGGAAAAUCAAUACUUCAUUUUAAAAUAGAGCAUGAAGAAUGUGUGGAUUGACAAACCACUGUUUAAUAAAAAUGAGAAGGAACA